CCCCGCCGUCCGCGCGGUGCCGCGCCUCGCCGGCUCCUUCGCUUCCAGCCAAGAUGGCGGAGAGCGCCGAGGCUCUGGGCACCGUCCCGGAGCACGAGCGGAUCUUGCAGGAGAUCGAGAGCACCGACACCGCCUGCGUCGGGCCCACCCUCCGAUCUGUGUAUGAUGAUCAACCAAAUGCACAUAAGAAGUUUAUGGAAAAGUUGGAUGCUUGCAUCCGUAAUCAUGACAAGGAAAUUGAGAAAAUGUGUAACUUUCAUCAUCAAGGUUUUGUAGAUGCAAUUACAGAGCUCCUUAAAGUAAGGACUGAUGCAGAAAAACUGAAGGUGCAAGUUACUGAUACCAACCGAAGGUUUCAAGAUGCUGGAAAAGAGGUGAUUAUCCAAACAGAAGAUAUUAUUCGCUGUAGAAUUCAGCAGAGGAAUAUUACAAUGGUGGUAGAAAAAUUGCAAUUAUGCCUUCCCGUGCUGGAAAUGUACAGUAAGCUAAAAGAACAGAUGAGUGCAAAAAGGUACUACUCUGCUUUAAAAACUAUGGAACAGUUAGAGAAUGUGUACUUUCCGCGCGUUAGUCAAUACCGGUUUUGUCAGCUAAUGGUAGAAAAUCUUCCUAAACUACGUGAAAAUAUUAAAGAAAUCUCCAUGUCUGAUCUCAAGGACUUUUUGGAAAGUAUUCGAAAACACUCUGACAAAAUAGGUGAAACAGCUAUGAAACAGGCACAGCAGCAGAAAACUUUCAGUGUAGUUCUGCAGAAACAAAAUAAUAUAAAAUUUGGAAAGAACAUGUAUAUAAACAAUGAUAGAAUUCCAGGAGAAAGGAAUGAAAUGAAUUUGAAACAUGCACUUGAAGAAGAAGAUGAGAAUGAAGAAGAGGUCUUAACUGUUCAAGAUCUUGUUGACUUUUCCCCUGUUUACCGAUGUUUGCACAUUUACUCUGUUUUGGGCAAUGAGGAAACAUUUGAAAAUUAUUACCGGAAACAAAGAAAGAAACAAGCAAGACUAGUAUUGCAGCCCCAGUCAAAUAUGCAUGAAACAGUUGAUGGCUAUAGAAGAUAUUUCACUCAAAUUGUAGGGUUUUUUGUAGUGGAAGAUCACAUUUUACAUGUGACUCAAGGAUUAGUAACCAGGGCAUACACUGAUGAACUUUGGAACAUGGCCCUCUCAAAGAUAAUUGCUGUUCUUAGAGCUCAUUCAUCCUACUGCACUGAUCCAGAUCUUGUUCUGGAGCUGAAGAACCUCAUUGUAAUAUUUGCAGAUACUUUACAGGGUUAUGGUUUUCCAGUGAACCGGCUUUUUGACCUUUUAUUUGAAAUAAGAGAUCAAUACAAUGAAACACUGCUUAAGAAAUGGGCUGGAGUUUUCAGGGACAUUUUUGAAGAAGAUAACUAUAGCCCUAUCCCUGUUGUUAAUGAAGAAGAAUAUAAACUAGUCCUCAGUAAAUUUCCCUUUCAAGAUGCAGAGCUUGAAAAGCAAUCUUUCCCAAAGAAAUUUCCCAUGUCUCAGUCAGUGCCUCAUAUUUACAUGCAAGUUAAAGAAUUUAUUUAUGCCAGCCUUAAGUUUUCUGAGUCGCUUCACCGCAGCUCAACAGAAAUAGAUGAUAUGCUUAGAAAAUCAACAAAUCUGCUGCUGACCAGAACUUUGAGUAGCUGUUUAUUGAACCUUAUCAGAAAACCUCACAUAGGUUUGACAGAGCUAGUGCAAAUCAUCAUAAACACAACACAUCUAGAACAAGCUUGCAAAUACCUUGAAGACUUUAUAACUAAUAUUACAAAUAUUUCUCAAGAAACUGUUCAUACUACAAGACUUUAUGGACUUUCUACUUUUAAGGAUGCUCGACAUGCAGCAGAAGGAGAAAUAUAUACCAAACUGAAUCAGAAAAUUGAUGAAUUUGUUCAGCUUGCUGAUUAUGACUGGACAAUGUCUGAGCCAGAUGGAAGAGCUAGUGGCUACUUAAUGGAUCUUAUUAAUUUUCUGAGAAGCAUCUUUCAAGUGUUCACUCAUUUACCUGGGAAAGUCGCCCAGACAGCUUGCAUGUCAGCCUGCCAGCAUCUGUCAACAUCCUUAAUGCAGAUGUUACUGGACAGUGAGUUAAAACAGAUAAGCAUGGGAGCUGUUCAGCAGUUCAACUUAGAUGUCAUACAGUGUGAAUUGUUUGCCAGCUCUGAGCCUGUGCCAGGAUUCCAGGGAGAUACCCUGCAGCUAGCAUUCAUUGACCUCAGACAACUCCUUGACCUGUUUAUGGUUUGGGAUUGGUCUACUUAUCUAGCUGAUUAUGGACAGCCAGCAUCUAAAUACCUUCGAGUGAAUCCAAACACAGCUCUUAUUCUUUUGGAGAAGAUGAAGGACACGAGCAGAAAGAACAAUAUAUUUGCUCAGUUCAGGAAGAAUGAUCGAGACAAACAAAAGUUAAUAGAGACGGUCGUGAAACAGUUGAGAAGUUUGGUGAAUGGUAUGUCCCAGCACACAUAGGCUUCCCUUUGCCUGUACUCAGGAAUACAAAAUCUUGAUUACAAU